GUCGAACUUCGGAACCGGUCAGUAUUAACCCUACCGUUCUCGCCCAGCCGACGACUUCAUCUGUACGGGACUGUACUGCUAUGGAUUUCUGGGGACUUAGACCCUCGCGCGUCAAGCAGUUUGGUUGGAAACUGCUGUCGGAUUGCACGGAGAAUUUUAGCGAAACCUAUCGCAUCGGGGACAAAGGGGCGUUCGGGAAAGUAUACAGGGGCUCGCUCGACGGCAAGGACGUGGCAAUCAAGCUGAUGACCGGUGAGCUGACGGACGUGAAACGGAACCAGUUCGUGGCGGAGGUGAACACUCUCAGUGCAGUUAAUCACGUCAAUCUCAUUCAGCUCACUGGUUACUGCCAGGAGGGCAACCAGUGCAUCUUGGUGUAUCCGUACUUCAGAGGCGGAUGCUUGCAGGAACGGCUUUUCCCUCACACUGCUAACCAGAGGGAACACGCAGAGGAUUCUCCUCCGCCGCUCACUCUCCAGGAGCGCAUCAGCAUUGCCUUCCAGAUUGCCAGGGGGCUCCAGUACCUACACGAUGAUGCCAAGCCCCCCAUCAUUCAUCGGGACAUCAAGAGCAGCAACGUCCUGCUUGGCGAUGGCUGUGGGGACAGACUUUACGUAGUCCUGGCUGACUUCGGACUGGCGGCCAUAGGGGAGAGGGUGCUGGACACAGGGCACGACCACGUUGUGAUCACAUCGCACAGUGGUGGCACCUUCGGGUACAAGUCGCCGGAGUACAUGCUGAGAGGCGAGCUGUCCGAGAAGAAUGAUGUGUACUCCUUUGGGGUUCUUGUACUGGAGCUGCUGACGGGAAGGAAGGUGGUCACGCGGGCGCCUUCUGGGGUGGGAUGGCAGACACUGGUGGACUGGGUGAAGCCUUUCCUUCGGGGCGACAGUGAAACAGCCCAAGACCCAAGCCUGGACAGGCCACGUGGUAUUCUUGACCUCAGUUUGUGGAAUCAGAUGGCGGGAGACUCUACGAGGCAGAUGGUGAUGAACAAUUUCAGACUGGCGUGGGAAUGUGUCCAUGAGGACUAUGGGUCAAGGCCGUCAAUGAGAGCUAUUGUGCAGCGCUUCCACAGCAUGCUUCUCGAUGUAGGAUGGGACUUCUUGAUCAGAACAAUGGACAUGGAGUACGUUCUGGCGAUGUCAGAGGCAGAGGAUACCAUCGGCAAGGACGAUGAUCCUGUGUCACAAGAGCAUCACGAAGGAUGACUUAUUGUGCAGCGCUCCCAGAGUGAGGGAAAGGAUGAGAACUGUAAAAUUUAAUACUUUUUAAAAAAUAUAUGUAUGAAUUAAUUUGUGUCUUAGCGAGUGAUAGCCACUAGCAUUGUACUACUGGGUACAAUUCUAGCUCGUCAUCUGCUUAUUAACUGUUACAUGGAGUCUGCCUUGCGCACAGCCAGCAGGCUGGAAGGUGUUCAAAUCUUUGACGUGCUGGCAGGUGAAAGUCACUGUGCGGGGCAAGACCUGAAACUGCUAAUUUUUCGAUGUGUGGAACAUUCAUUAGAUUCAGCGAAAGGUAUCUUAGAGCCAGACCGGGUAUGCACUGGACGUCUUGCCAUUCGCUGUCGUGGACGUGUAAAAGUGUUAUGGCACUGUAGCAUUGGGCUUGUAGUACUUGUCAACUUGUCACCAACUCCACAUUCUGUAGCAUUGGGCUUGAAGUAAUUGCGACGGCCAGAGAUCAUCUCACAAAUCAAAGAGUUUCAAAAAAAAUAAAAUAAAAAAAAAUCAAAGAGUUAAGAAAUC